AUGUCCUACAACAAGAUCCCGCCGCGCUGGCUCCACUGCCCCAGGAGGGGGCAGCCCGUGGCAGGGAAGUUUUUACCUUUGAAGACAAUGUUAGGACCAAGAUAUGAUGAACAGGUUGCUGAAGAAAAUCGUUUUCACCCGAGUAUGUUAUCCAACUACUUAAAGAGUCUGAAGGUUAAAAUGGGUUUACUGGUAGACUUGACCAACACCACUAGAUUCUAUGAUAGGAAUGAUAUAGAGAAAGAGGGGAUUAAAUAUAUAAAGCUCCAGUGUAAAGGGCAUGGUGAGUGCCCUACACCUGAGAAUACAGAAACAUUUAUCCGUGUAUGUGAACACUUCAGUGAUAAGAAUCCCUCAGAGCUUAUAGGUGUCCAUUGCACACAUGGUUUCAACAGAACUGGAUUUCUGAUCUGUGCCUUUUUGGUCGAGAAGCUGGACUGGAGCAUUGAGGCUGCUGUGGCUACUUUUGCUCAGGCUAGACCACCAGGUAUUUAUAAAGGUGACUAUUUGAAGGAAUUAUUUCGUCGUUAUGGAGAUGAAGAUGAUGCACCAUCACCACCUGAGCUACCAGAAUGGUGCUUUGAUGAAGAUGAAGAGGAGGAUGAUGAUAAUGGUAAAACAGGAGGCCAAGAAUCAGAACCUGGGUCAUCAAGCUCUUCCUUUGGCAAGAGGAGAAAAGAACGUCUAAAACUGGGUGCAAUUUUCUUGGAGGGAAUAACAGUUAAAUGUGUGACCCAGGUGACAACACAACCAAAGUUAGGAGGAAUACAGCAAAAAUGUCAGCAGUUCUGUGGAUGGGAAGGGUCUGGAUUCCCUGGAGCGCAGCCUGUUUCCAUGGACAAGCAAAAUAUUAAAUUUUUGGAGCAGAAGCCAUACAAAGUUAGCUGGAAAGCAGACGGCACUCGGUACAUGAUGCUGAUUGAUGGCAAGAAUGAAGUUUAUAUGAUUGAUAGAGACAAUUCGAUUUUUCAUGUAUCUAAUCUGGAAUUUCCGUUUCGUAAAGAUCUUCGUACACAUCUAACAAACACUCUUCUGGAUGGGGAAAUGAUCAUCGACAAAGUUAAUGGACAGGUUGUCCCUCGGUACUUGAUAUAUGACAUUAUUAAGUUUAAUGGACAGCCUGUUGGAGACUGUGAUUUUAAUGUUCGACUUGCAUGUAUAGAGAAGGAGAUUAUAUUUCCACGACAUGAAAAGAUGAAGAAUGGUCUUAUCGACAAAGCACAGGAACCGUUCAGUGUUCGAAACAAGCCAUUUUUCGACAUCUACACCUCAAGAAAGCUCCUGGAAGGAAGCUUUGCCAGAGAAGUUAGCCAUGAAGUAGAUGGUCUGAUAUUUCAGCCUACAGGAAAAUACAAGCCUGGUCGAUGUGAUGAUAUUUUGAAAUGGAAGCCACCCAGCCUGAACUCCGUUGAUUUUCGUCUAAAGAUAACAAGAAUUGGUGGAGAGGGGCUACUCACCCAGAAUGUUGGUCUUCUUUAUGUUGGAAACUUUGACAGACCUUUUGCACAAAUUAAGGUGACAAAAGAGCUGAAACAGUAUGACAAUAAAAUUAUAGAGUGCAAGUUUGAGAACAACAGCUGGGUCUUCAUGAGACAGAGAAUAGACAAAAGCUUUCCAAAUGCCUACAGCACUGCCAUGGCUGUAUGCAACAGCAUCCAGAAUCCAGUCACAAAGGAGAUGCUGUUUGAGUUCAUUGACAGAUGUACAGCAGCUUCUCAAGGACAGACGCGGAAACACCACCUCGAUCCUGACACUGAACUCAUGCCACCCCCACCACCCAAAAGGCCACGUACCAUAACAUAAGGCCUUGGUCUCAGCGGAUAGCGUGUUUACAGUUCUGCGGAAGGUGAAACGCAAGUGUGAAGGCUGGGAAAAAAAAAAUCUGAAUUGCUGUAAAUACUUGGGUGUGGUUUUUUGAGUUGGGGGGGGUGUAGUUUUUUUUUUUUUUUCCAAAUUCUACAUACAAAUGGACGUUGUUUUGUAACUGAUAAAUUCAACCUUACCUUAUGGUAUUUGAAGAUGAAAUUUCCAAAGGUUUAGACAAGAACAAUACAAUGAAGUCAAUGGAAAGCUGCCUUGUUUAUAUAUGGAUCUCUUUUCACCUUUAAUUUAUAAUGUCAGCAAUCUGGAACUGAGAAAACAUUGGGAUGCUGUACUUUUUAGAGGCUGUGUUUAAAAAAAGCAGAAGUGUUUUUUUUAUUAUCGUUAUUCAACUGGUUGCGAUUUGUCACCCAUAGUAUAACUGAUCAUAGUUUCCCUGCAUUUCUGAGACUUGUGUUUAACAGCAAACAGCAAUGUUGUUUGUGCUCUGUGUUGGUUAAAAACUAAGCCGCCUUAGAUUUCACUAAUUUCAAAAUUAGCUGAGUUUUUGUUGUUGAAAUAUUAAAAAAGCAAAUCCUUCUUGUAAAUAGCAUUGCUUUGAAAGGAAAUGUGCUGAGUGUUUGGUUUUGUCCCCUGUUUGAACCUAACAUACCAAAUGUAUAGUGGUCUGAUUUUAGCUUUGCCUUUUUAAGUUUAUUUGUAGAUAAGGAAUACACCGAAUCCUUAGUAUUAAGGUCUCUGUUAAGAGACUGUUGCUAGUACAGGGCUUAGUUCUCCACAGUGAUACCAUUGUAAAUAUUACUAAAGAGUACACAUCACUGUGAUAUGCAAGAGUAAUAAGCACCGCUAGUCACGAUGUCUUAGAUCAGACACAAAAUGGCAAAAGAAACGCCAGACAACUCCUUUGUAACAGAGAAGGUAGUUUCAGUGGAGAGAGCCACAUCAGACCAAGUCUUCUGGUUUAGGUAAUUGCAGGGCAAAAAUAAGCCAUUUAGGGGGGUGGAUGAGUGUCCCAGGGAACAGGAUGCUCAUUUUCAAAGUGGGGGUCAGCUGUCCUGCGGCACUGUGCUUAUCCUCUGGCUGACUUUCUUUUAUACCAAAUGAAGAAGCACAUGAAUGCCCUGAUGGCUCUUGUUGCAGUGCACUGGCAGAUGUUCAUAGUAUUAGUUUUGAGAAACUGCAUUCUGGUUGUCUAAGGGAGGAGUUGUUCUGAUUAAUUGGAAACCAAAUGCAGAUUUUAAAGUUUACUGUACAUUUAUCAAGCAGGGAUCGAAUUGCCUCUUUCUGUAGUUUACUUAGUGUGUGUCAUCCAUUCAUUCAGCAAUCUGACUA